CGCGGCGAGCGCCGUCCGCCGCCAAUGUUGUUUUCGCUGAGUCGAGGCGCUGGUGUUGUUGGCGGCGGCGCCAUAUUGGAAGGGACGAGCGCCCGCUCUCGAGCAGCCCCUGGGCGCGGGCCCGGCCGCCGCCAUGCUGUACCUGGAGGACUAUCUGGAGAUGAUCGAGCAGCUUCCCAUGGAUCUGCGCGACAGGUUCACCGAGAUGCGCGAGAUGGACCUGCAGGUGCAGAAUGCAAUGGAUCAGCUUGAGCAGAGGGUAAAUGAAUUUUUUAUGAAUGCAAAGAAAAACAAACCUGAAUGGAGAGAAGAACAAAUGACAUCAAUCAAAAAAGAUUAUUAUAAGGCUUUGGAAGAUGCAGAUGAAAAAGUGCAACUGGCUAAUCAAAUAUAUGAUCUGGUAGACCGUCAUUUGAGAAAGUUGGACCAGGAACUCGCUAAAUUUAAAAUGGAACUUGAAGCAGAUAAUGCUGGAAUUACAGAAAUAUUAGAGAGACGGUCUCUGGAGCUGGAUACACCAGCACAGCCUGUGAAUAACCAUCACUCCCAUUCUCACACUCCAGUAGAGAAAAGGAAACACAAUCCAUCUUCUCACCAUGGUACAACAGAUCAUGUUCCUGAAAAGAAGUUUAAAUCUGAAGCUCUUCUAUCUACCCUGACAUCAGAUGCUUCUAAAGAAAACACACCAGGGUGUCGAAACAGUAAUUCAUCAUCCUCUUCAAACAAUGCAUACAAUACAAACUCUUCUCAACCAUUGGCAUCAUAUAACCUGGGCUCAUUAUCUUCAGGAUCCGGGGCCGGUGCAAUUACCAUGGCAGCAGCUCAAGCAGUGCAAGCCACGGCACAGAUGAAGGAGGGAAGACGAACAUCCAGUCUAAAAGCCAGCUAUGAAGCAUUUAAGAACAAUGAUUUUCAGCUUGGAAGAGAAUUUUCAUUGUCCAGAGAUUCAGCUGGGUAUUCAUCAUCAGCUCUGGCAUCUACAUUAACUCAGACGUUAAGUUCAUCAACCACAGAUUCACGAAGUGGCAGAAAAAGCAAAAACAACAACAAAUCCUCAAGUCAGCAGUCCUCAUCAUCAUCUUCUUCUUCCUCUUUAUCAUCAUGUUCUUCUUCAUCUGCGCUGGCACAAGAACUGUCUCAGCAAACAGCAGUAAUACCAGAGUCUGAUUCUAAUAGCCAGGUUGAUUGGACCUAUGAUCCAAAUGAGCCACGUUACUGUAUUUGUAAUCAGGUGUCCUAUGGUGAAAUGGUAGGCUGUGAUAACCAAGAUUGCCCUAUUGAGUGGUUCCACUAUGGAUGUGUUGGACUGACAGAAGCACCAAAAGGGAAGUGGUACUGUCCACAGUGUACAGCUGCAAUGAAGAGAAGAGGGAGUAGACAUAAAUAAGUUUGUUCAUCUGGAAAAAAUUGCAUAAUAAAGGUUUUAUAAAGGACUUGGGAGGGGAGGGGCAACUCUCACCACACUUCCUUGCAACCACUGAAGAGUAACAUAGCAAUCAUAGAAUGGUAUGGUUGGAAAGGGCUG